AACUCUUCUCUCUAUGCGGCCAAGUGGGCACCAGCUCGCGCCUCGGUGGCUCCGAAUCCCGAAAUGAUUCAUAAAGAAGGUUAGAUAUCAACACUGGAUCCAGUGCCCACUUCUACCCGAUGGCUUGGCGUGCCUAUCUCGACAUUUCUCGACACUUCGUCCUCAGGACGUGCGCAGGCUUACCGUUGACGAGAUCAGUCAGUUUCAAUACUGUAGUAGGGUGUGUCAGCAGAAAGGGCACGUGGGAGUUACAGCAAUCGGUCUGCCAUAUCACGCAAUCCACUGUUGGAACUUAUCUGAACGGCGGCACAUUUUCUGAGACCGAGAGCCGAAACCAUACCUGAUGCGGUUAAUUCUCCUAGCACCAAACACCGGCGACUCAAAACACCAUCACCAGAGCUAAUCUACUUGAAGAUGAACAGGCUGACUU